UUCAAAAUUUGAAAAUGCUUACUUCAAACCAUCAAACAAACCGAGCAAGAAAGAAGAAGGGAAACGUGGGCUCUUUCUGCUCUACGCAAUCCCUCGGCGCUCCUCUCUCUCUCUCCCCUCUCCUUCUCUCUCUUGCAUUGCAGAAGAACAACUUCAAAUUAUCAUCGCUCUUUUCUUUCAACUAGCUGCAACACGGCACCAUCAUCAUUGCCAAUGGUUGAAUUUAAUUUUGUUCUGGCACUUCUGAACUACUAAUCGAUGGUUGAAUAAGAUUUCCGGAAGUGGGUGUUUAAUUUUCACUGGUUUUGUCAGUUCGCUUAAUCCGAGAAUUGCAUUGGAGCACAUCAAAUAGUUGUAUGGUUUAAUGCAGGAUCAAGACUUUAUCCAAAUUCGUGUUGUUGUUUUUGAGUGAUUUGCGCAAGGUGAGGUUUUUGUGGGUACCGGUUGCUUCCGAUUGAAAUGCUGUAUGAGAGGGAGUGGGAGUCUAGUUAAAGAUUUAGUUUUCAGGAAUUAUGGACUUUCAGAAUAAUUCUCAGCUCGAAUCGGGGAAAAUGGAACAGAUAGUUUCCCAAUUUCUAUUGAAAAGCUUGCAUAUUGUUUUGGACUCUAGGAUUCCUUCUCUUCACCCGCAUGAUCGCAGCGGUGACCUGUCAUCUCCAACUCAAGUGAGAAAGAGUGACAAGUGGUUUAACUUAAUACUAGGAGACCGCCCUGCAGCUCUUGAGAAUUUAAAUUUUUGGCACAGAAGUGUAAUGGAUCCUAUGAUAAUUGACAUUAUACUUGUUCGCGGAGGACCUAGUUCUUCUUCUGUUGACAAUCUGUAUGCGAAUUCAGUGGAGGGGACAUCUGUUGAGACAAUCAUAGAGAGGUGGGUUGUCCAGUACGAAACUCCAAGGGCUGUGGCUCCCCAAACUGGCGACACUUCGGCCUCUUACAAAAGGACAUACAAGAAGUCAAUCAUUCUUUUACGUACUCUUUAUUUGUAUAUGAGACUUCUUCCAGCUUAUAGGAUCUUUAGACAGCUAAGUACAUCUAGUCAGACUUACAAUUUUGAUAUUAUCUACAAGGUGUCUUCACUUAGAGAUCCAUUCUCAAGGGCGGAGGAGGAACUGAUGGAGGAGUUCAGUUUUGCUCCCGUAGAGGCUCAUCCUGGCCGCCUUUCUUUAUCUGUGAAUUACCGUCCAACACUAGCUGAUUUAAAUCUUGAGCCUUCAGCACCAACGCCACCGAGGAUAAUUACUGAUUAUGUUGGUAGUCCUGCCACUGACCCCCUGAGGUCUUUCCCCUCAUCAGGGAAGGGUUUUAGUGCAACUUCCUUUCCGUCGAGAGGAGCACGACCGCCAUCUGGUGUGCCACACCAACGCCCACACAGCUGGACAAGUGGCUUCCACAGGCCACCUCCUUUUAUGCACAAUAGACCCUUAGUUGGAUCUCCACCUGCAUAUCGUGCAUCUCCUAUGUCACAUGAUGUUGGAUCUCCUCCCAUUGAUACAUUCGCCAACAGAGGUCAAAACUAUAGACCUCUACGUCAUAAACGAAAUAUGAGUGCUGAUGAGUAUCAGCUUUCACCUCCAUUUUCGCCAUCCCCAUCGCCAUCACCCCCAACAUACUUGUCCAGUGGUAAUUUCAAUCCUAUGCAAACUCGAAUUCGUUCAGGAACUGCCCCUGUAAGCAUCCCCCUUCCAAUGGGGAGCCCUAGAUACUUAUCCCCCAAUUUUUCUGAUCCAAGUAGAAAUUCUCUUCCUCCUUUAUCACCCAGAAGCACAAGGAAUGAUCAUUCCUCGCAAGAGUUUCCAUCUGGAAUCAAGGCAAUCAGAAAAUUGGAGGUUUCAAGGGCCGGAGAGACUCACCCUGGAAGUUCAAAUCAUUACAUUGGUCAGAAGGUGAUGAAAGACAGCAAAGAUGAUUCGGGGCGUUUCUCAGGAUUGUUGUCGUCUAGUGGCUCACCACGUGUUGGAUUUUCUAGAAGCUCGAGUAGAUUGUCUUUCCAGGAUGAUUUGGAUGAUUUUGAGUUCUCAUGUCCUUUUGACGUGGAUGAUGUUGAUACAUCAGAUUCUCAAGCCAGUGACGGCAAAAGGCCUUCAGAGUUCAUAUCUCAGUCACUGCCAAUGGGUAGAAAAUCACAAGAUGCUGCUGUCGGCGUUCUGGUUCAGAUGCUGAGGACAGCUCCGCCUCUGCGCCAAGAUUCAAGUUGUUACUCAUCGCAGUCUGGGAAGAAUGAACAUGAGGGAGGAGUUGCUACGGCUUCUGGUUUCUUUAUGCCUCGGAAGACAUCUGAUGCACUGGAGGAGCUCAGAAGCUACCGAGAUAUGAAAGACCUUCUACUCUCUAAGAGCGGAACGCGGGUGCUUUCCAAAGACGAAUCAUAAAGAGUUGGAGUAGCUGCAAGUGUUGCCCAAGUUGAGCGCCAUUGCCGCGCUAUGGUUUCAAAAUCUGAAAACAAUAUAUACAUUUUCACGUGAAUGACUGAAUGGAGGACUAACAGCCUCUAAAUAUCAUGACCGAAAACUUAGUUACUAUCAUUAAAUCAGUUUACGGGAACUUUAAUGACCAUUAAUGUUUAGAAAGUGUGUAUACCUUACGGCUUACACUGCGGCCACUUCUACUUUACCUUGAAUAUUCUUGGUCUUAACCA